AUGGAUACUUGGGCUGAUAAGGGUGCUAAAAUGGAUUCAGAUGCAGCUGAUGAUAAUUGGGAGAAGAAGUCCAACACUCCUGAGGCAUCAAAUAAAAAUGACCCAUGGGGCAAAUCAGAAAAUACAUGGGACAAAAGAAAAGAAGAUGGAGGUGAUGGUGCCUGGGAGAAGAAGUCUGAUGAUGGCCAUGGCAAUUGGGAGCAUCCCAGCAACUGGAAUGGGCAGAGUUUGAAUCUAGAUCAGGACACGUGGGGAAAUGCCAGGGGCAAAAAGAAGGCAGAUGGUAACUGCCAAUGGGAGGAGCAGCCAAGCACUUACAAACGGAAGAAGACAAAUGCUGAUCAUGAUUCCUCCUAUAACAAUGUGAUUCUGGUAACAAGGACUGGAAAGCAGGUGGAUGGGGUGCCAAAUCUGGUAACUGUAGCAGCCAAAGAAACAAUCAUGUUUGAUGCCAAAUCUGAUAACGGGAGCAGCACAAAGUAA